AUGGCGCGGCGGGGCACGGAGUUCUUCCCGGACCUCGGCGCGCAGUGCGACGACCCAGAGUGCAACCAGCUCGAUUUCCUGCCGUUCGAGUGCGGCGGCUGCGGCGGCUUCUUCUGCGCGGCGCACCGCACGUACCUGGACCACGGCUGCGCCAAGGCCGCCGACCAGGGCCGCACCGUCGUGCUGUGCCCGGACUGCGGCGACUCCAUCGAGCGGACGGCGCCGGGGCAGGACGAGCGGGAGAUCCUUGACGCGCACGUGCGGUCGCGCCGCUGCGACCCGGCGAGGAAGAACAAGCCGCAGUGCCCGGCACGGCGGUGCAAGGAGGCGCUCACGUUCUGCAACACCACCCAGUGCAAGGGCUGCGGCCUCAAGGUGUGCCUGAAGCAUCGCUUCCCCGCGGACCACGACUGCGCCGCGAGCGCCCGGGCAGCGGCGGGAGCGGCAGCCGCGAGGAGGGCCGCCGGCGGGCAGUGCGGCCGCGACGCGCAGAAGAAGGAAGGCGGCCGCCGGCCGCUAGCGGUGUCCAUCAGGAGCUUCAAGAUCUGUUGA